AAGGAUAAGUGGAUAAGCUUUUUCUUUAAGAAAUGAAUCAUAAUAAAAGAAAUAUCUACAUUAUAUUAAAUGAAAAAAGAAAAAAAAAUCCUAUUGACUCAAAUAUCUUAUCCUUCAUUAGACUGGCUGUUCUUGCUAGUUCAAAUAAUUGCUAAAAGAUGUCAAUUUUAGCACCAAAUUCCAGAAUUCUGUAUAGAGAAAUCCACCAUAGAGAGCAGCAUCAUCAGGUUAGGAACAACGGUGGAAGUCUGAAUCUGGUAAAAUCAUAUGAUUUUUGCUUUGUAGAUAAAAGAAGAGGUGAUUGGAGGAAAACAAUAAAGAAAGAGUGGAGAGUGCAUGCUUCUUGGCUAGACUUGUCAAGACCCGAUACGGUGGAGAUGCAACCCAUUGAGAAUAGUGAACAACUUGACCAGAUUUUAGCCUCUGCUAAAGAGCUUUCACAACCCAUAAUCAUUGAUUGGAUGGCUGCUUGGUGCCGGAAAUGCAUUUAUUUGAAGCCAAAAUUGGAGAAACUUGCAGCUGAGUUUGAUACCAAACUCAAAUUCUACUACGUGGAUGUGAAUAAGGUACCACAAUCUUUAAUGAAGCGCGGAAACGUCUCAAAAAUGCCAACAAUUCAGUUGUGGAAAGAUGGGGAGAUGAGAGCAGAGGUGAUUGGAGGGCACAAAGCAUGGCUUGUAAUUGAAGAAGUGAGAGAAAUGAUCAAAAACUUCGUAUAAUAUGUUGCCAGGAAAAAACUGACUGCCUCUUCUUGUUCAUAAACUGCAAUUUGCUCUGUCCAAAAUUAGACAUCAAUUUGUAUAUUCAGCAAAGGGCAUUUCAAUAUGUACAGUUGUUACACCAUUUGUAUUAUCAAAGAAAGUGAACUGGUGAUGUUGGAAAUUGGAA